AUGAUGGUGCGCCAAAUGAGCUGCUUCGUUUUCUUUCUAUUGUGGCAAGCAGCGAAUGGGGACGUGAGUUAUUCCUUUCAGGAGGAAAUGAAGCGCGGAUCUCACAUUGGGAAUAUAGCGAAGGAUCUUAACCUGGACUCGAGUAAACUGUCUUCUAGAAACGCCCGUGUUGAUGCCGCAGGGAAUCGUAAACGAUGUUGUGACAUCAAUCUCAAUACUGGGGAUUUGAUUGUUGCCGACAGGAUUGACCGAGAGGAGCUCUGUGGAGAAAAGCUGUCGUGUGUAAUAAAACGCGAUCUCGUUCUGGAAAAUCCCCUGGAGCUGCAUCCGUUCAGUCUACACAUUCAAGAUAUUAAUGAUAACUCACCACAGUUCAACGGAGAACUGAUCAAUAUAGAAAUUCAAGAAUCCACAGGCAGGGGAGCUCGUUUUGUGAUAGAGGAGGCACACGAUGCGGAUGUAGGCCAAAAUUCAGUUCAACACUACAGCCUUAAGAAGAACGAGAAUUUCGUUUUGGCUGUUGACGCAAACACAAUAGAGCUCGUUCUUGAUAAAGAGCUUGAUCGUGAAAAACAGGAGGACAUUAAUUUGCUCCUCACAGCUCUAGAUGGUGGCUCCCCUCAGAGAUCAGGUACCGUAGUCAUACACGUCACUGUGCUGGAUGCUAAUGAUAACGCCCCAGUGUUUAGCCAGGCCGUUUAUAAAGCCAGUCUGCCUGAAAACUCUCCUUUAGAUACUGUGGUGGUCACAGUGAGCGCGACUGAUGCAGACGAGGGAGUCAAUGGAGAUGUGACAUAUGACUUUGGACAUGUUACUGAAGAUGUGAAGAAAGUUUUUAGUAUUGACCGUAAAAACGGGAUGAUUAAAGUUAAUGGUGCAAUUGACUUUGAAACUGUUACGUCAUAUGAUUUGCGCAUUAAAGCAAAGGAUGGUUUAGGAUUAUCGUCAUACACAAAGGUAACUGUUGAAGUCACCGAUGUCAAUGACAACAUGCCUGUAAUCUAUGUGAAAACUCUGGCAAAUCCAGUACCGGAGAACGUGUCACCUGGUACAGAGGUGGGGAUCAUCAAUGUGCAGGAUGCAGAUUCAGACAAUAACCAAAAGGUCCGCUGCUCCAUUCAACAGAAUGCUCCUUUUAAGUUGGUUCCUUCUCUUAAAAACUAUUAUUCUCUGGUGACCACAGGACAACUGGACCGUGAACUAGUGUCUGAUUACAACAUUACAAUCACUGCCACUGACGAGGGCUCUCCACCUCUGUCCUCCUCUAAAACUGUUGAGUUAUCUGUAGCUGACAUCAACGACAACCCACCUGUGUUUGAGGAACAGUCGUACAGCGCAUAUGUGACUGAAAAUAACAAACCUGGCUCCACUUUAUGUUCCGUUACUGCUCGAGACCCCGACUGGAGACAAAACGGUACAGUGAUUUAUUCUCUGUUAGCUGGUGAGGUGAACGGUGCCCCGGUGUCCUCCUAUCUGUCUGUUAACGGAGACACGGGGGUGAUCCACGCUGUGAGGUCGUUUGAUUAUGAACAGUUCAGGAGCUUUAAAGUCCACGUGAUGGCCAGAGACAACGGUUCUCCUCCGCUCAGCAGCAACGUGACCGUCAGUGUCUUCAUAUUAGAUGUGAACGACAACUCUCCUCAGAUACUGUAUCCGGCCCCGGAGGGCAACUCCUUCAUGACCGAGCUGGUCCCCAAAGCUGCACACGGAGGCUCUCUGGUGUCCAAAGUGAUAGCGGUGGACGCGGACUCCGGACAGAACGCCUGGCUGUCCUAUCAUAUAGUGAAAUCCACUGAUCCGGGACUUUUUACUAUUGGUCUCCACAGCGGAGAGAUCAGGACACAGCGGGACAUUUCUGAAUCUGACAGCAUGAAACAGAACCUUAUUGUGGCAGUGAAAGAUAACGGACAGCCCUCUCUCUCUGCCACCUGUUCCAUGUAUUUACUUAUUUCUGAUAACUUGGCUGAGGUGCCAGAACUGAAGGAUAUUUCUUAUGAUGAGAAGAAUUCCAAACUGACCUCUUACCUGAUCAUCGCUCUGGUGUCUGUGUCCACCUUUUUUCUGACUUUCAUCAUCAUCAUUCUGGGUGUGAGGUUUUGUCGCAGGAGAAAGCCCAGACUGUUGUUUGACGGAGCAGUCGCCAUCCCCAGCGCUUAUCUGCCUCCUAAUUACGCAGAUGUUGACGGCACAGGAACUUUACGCAGCACUUACAAUUAUGACGCGUACCUGACAACAGGUUCUAGAACCAGUGACUUUAAGUUCGUGACAUCUUACAAUGACAACACACUUCCUGCUGACCAGACUCUGAAGAAAAGCCCGGCAGACUUUGCUGAUGCGUUUGAAGAUAGUGAUGGUUCCCCAGAGGUAGGGAUAGCCGUCACCUGCAUCGUGUUCUUUGUGUCUCUGUCCUUUGAGUUGAAUGGGACAACGAAUGGGGACGUGAGUUAUUCCUUUCAGGAGGAAAUGAAGCGCGGAUCUCACAUUGGGAAUAUAGCGAAGGAUCUUAACCUGGACUCGAGUAAACUGUCUUCUAGAAACGCCCGUGUUGAUGCCGCAGGGAAUCGUAAACGAUAUUGUGACAUCAAUCUCAAUACUGGGGAUUUGAUUGUUGCCGACAGGAUUGACCGAGAGGAGCUCUGUGGAGAAAAGCUGUCGUGUGUAAUAAAACGCGAUCUCGUUCUGGAAAAUCCCCUGGAGCUGCAUCCGUUCAGUCUACACAUUCAAGAUAUUAAUGAUAACUCACCACAGUUCAACGGAGAACUGAUCAAUAUAGAAAUUCAAGAAUCCACAGGCAGGGGAGCUCGUUUUGUGAUAGAGGAGGCGCACGAUGCGGAUGUAGGCCAAAAUUCAGUUCAACACUACAGCCUUAAGAAGAACGAGAAUUUCGUUUUGGCUGUUGACGCAAACACAAUAGAGCUCGUUCUUGAUAAAGAGCUUGAUCGUGAAAAACAGGAGGACAUUAAUUUGCUCGUCACAGCUCUAGAUGGUGGCUCCCCUCAGAGAUCAGGUACCGUAGUCAUACACGUCACUGUGCUGGAUACCAAUGAUAACGCCCCAGUGUUUAGCCAGGCCGUUUAUAAAGCCAGUCUGCCUGAAAACUCUCCUUUAGAUACUGUGGUGGUCACAGUGAGCGCGACUGAUGCAGACGAAGGAGUCAAUGGAGAUGUGACAUAUGACUUUGGACAUGUUACUGAAGAUGUGAAGAAAGUUUUUAGUAUUGACCGUAAAAACGGGAUGAUUAAAGUUAAUGGUGCGAUUGACUUUGAAACUGUUACAUCAUAUGAUUUGCGCAUUAAAGCAAAAGAUGGUUUAGGAUUAUCGUCAUACACAAAAGUAACUGUUGAAGUCACCGAUGUCAAUGACAACAUCAUCUCCAUUGACUCCCUCGUCUGCAUCAGUCCGGCUCACUGUGACCACCACAUAUCUAAAGGAGAGUUUUCAGGCAGACUGCUCUAUAAACGGCCUGGCUAA